GUUCCGGGGCGCGGCCGGAGCGGGUGCGCAGGCGCCGUCCGGCGGCGCGGCGCCGAGGGGCCAUGGCGGCCACGUUCUUCGGCGAGGUGGUGAAAGCUCCGUGCAGGGCUGGGACGGAGGAGGAGGAAGAGGAGGAGGAGCAGAGCAGGCGAGACACGCCGGAGGACCGGGAGGUGCGGCGGCAGCUGGCGCGGAAGAGGGAGGUUCGGCUUCUCCAAAGACAGACAAAAGCAUCUCUUGAGGUUGCACUGCUAGAAAAACAUCCUUGCUCCAAGUUUAUAAUUGCUGUAGGAAAUAAUGCAGCAGCGUUUUUGUCAUCAUUUGUUAUGAAUUCAGGCGUCUGGGAAGAAGUUGGUUGUGCUAAGCUCUGGAAUGAAUGGUGCAGAACUACAGACACUGUCCAUCUGUCCCCUGCAGAUGCUUUCUGUGUGUUUUAUCAGCUGAAAUCAGAUCCCUCGGUCUUUCUCUGUCAGUGUAGUUGCUACAUUGCUGAGGACCAGCAGUUCCAGUGGCUGGAGAAGGUUUUUGGCUCCCGACCCAGGAAGAAGAUGCAGGUAACGGUUCUCACGUGCCGCCAUGUCACAGAGUAUAAGACCUCUGCGUCUACCAGCAGCCUUCCUUCUCCGUUCCUCAGAGCCCUAAAAACCCAGAAGUUCAGAGAUCCUGUGUGUUGCCCGCUGCUGGAGCAGCCGAACAUCGUGCAUGACCUGCCUGCAGCAGUUCUGAGCUACUGUCAAGUGUGGAAAGUCCCCGCGGUCCUGUAUCUGUGCUACACUGAUGUGAUGAAGCUGGACCUGGUCACGGUUGAAGCCUUUAAGCCUGUGCUUUCUUCCUGUAUGUUGGAAUGCUUGGUGAAGAACAUCCCUGAAAGCCGAGAAAUACUGAAGAAAUUGAUGACCACAAAUGAGAUUCAAAGCAACAUUUACACGUGACCCCAGCGGUGGGGAGCCAUGGCCACGGCCUCCUGUUUCAAGGGGCAGUCACUGUUUGUACUUUAUUCUGGGUUGUGGGUAUUGUGAGGGUGAUAAACAAUAAAAGUGUAAAAAUUA